AUGGAAAGAGUUUCAGUAGAAGCUAACACUGGUCCCAGGAAGCCCCGUAUCCUGUUUGCUGCUAGUGGAAGUGUGGCUGCUAUAAGUUUGGAAAUCUUUGCCAUUGCUUUUCUGAAUAAGCAGAGGUGGGCCAAUAUCAUGGUCAUUGCCCCCACUGUCCGCAAACACACUUGGCAAGGGAAAUUGUGCGAUAACUUGCUGACCUGCAUUGUGCCAGCGUGGGACUACAGUAAACCAUUUUUUAUAGCACCAGCCAUGAACACUUUCAUGUGGAACAAUCCUUUCACAGAACGGUAUCUUAUGAUAAUUGAGGAGCUCGGAAUUUCUCUCAUCACACCUGUAACAAAGAGGCUAGCUUGUGGGGAUUAUGGAAAUGGUGCAAUGGCUUAAACUUCACUCAUCUUCUCUUCCAUAAGACUCU